UUUAGUGCCCCUAGCGGAUGAAAUUUUGAAGCCUUGACUGUGCAAGAACCGGUGGGGUUGACGAGCUUCCCACCCCGCAAACGGCCUCGUCUCCGUCCUUCGUCUGCUCCAGGCUCCCACAACUAUCCGCCGUUCCAUUAUCCAAGGACCCGAAAUAUGAGCGAUCUGCAAAAGUCCUUCGCCAAAUCGAAAUUGGCUAAGCUUCCCCCAGAGCCCCCUCCUAUUCCCGAGUCCGUAGCAGACGAGGACGAUGACUCCGGAUCAUCAACCGAGACGGUGACCCCUUCGCCAGUUAAACAAUUAUUCGCUCGGCCAGGAGGGACCCGAGGCUUCUUCGAUCAGGAACUCUACCUCCAACGGCGAGUCAAUGAUCUAGACAUUGUGCAUCAUGUAUACCUCACUUCGCCGACGAAUUCGGGCCCCCUCUUUGUCAUGCACCACGGUGCAGGCUCUUCUGGCCUCUCUUUUGCAAAUUGUGCUGCAGAGAUCCGCAAGAUCCUGCCCAAUGCAGGGAUACUCUCUGCAGACGCCCGCGAUCAUGGCAGUACAUCCGUAAAAAGAGCGAGUGAAGAUGGUGAGGCAGAUCCCGAAACGGCUCGGCUUGAUUUGAGCCUGGACACGCUGAACCAGGAUCUCCUCUUCGUUAUCCGAGAAACGCAAGCUAAAAUGGGCUGGGAGACUCUGCCGGACAUUGUCCUUGUCGGCCAUAGCUUGGGAGGCGCGGUGAUCACCGAUGUUGCGAAGAAAGGCGAAUUAGGUGGGAAGCUGCUGGCUUAUGCUGUUUUGGACGUUGUCGAAGGUUCGGCGAUGGAUGCCCUCCAGAGCAUGGAGACAUACCUCUCAACUCGGCCAUCCCGCUUUCCUUCCCUUCCUUCAGGGAUAGAAUGGCACACACGCUCGCGCACAAUCCGCAAUAGAACCUCAGCCCGUGUAUCCGUCCCAUCCCUCCUCUACCACGAAGAUGUCCCUAAAGACCCUUCAAAGCCAUGGGUUUGGCGCACCAAUCUCGCCGAAACAAAGCCCUUUUGGGAAGGCUGGUUUGUUGGUCUAAGCCGAAAGUUUCUUGAAGCGCGUGGGGGGAAGUUGCUCCUCUUGGCUGGGACAGACAGGCUGGAUAAGGAGUUAAUGAUUGGCCAGAUGCAAGGGAAAUAUCAAUUACAAGUCUUCCCGGACGCGGGGCAUUUUAUACAAGAAGAUCAGCCUGCCCGGACAGCACAAAUUCUGGUCGACUUUUACAAACGGAAUGAUCGGAGCGCGCUUGUUCUUCCUCCUAAAGUAGCCGAUAUGCAGGCUUCGGCUGCGAUGAAGAAGGGAGCGGGAGCCGGUGUGCCUCUGGGGAAAGCUGAAGGUGGAACUACAGGUUCCUUUAAGCGGUCUUAA